CAUUUAUAUUACAACAUUUCUUAAACAUACGCUAUAUCUUUCUUUUCCAAAAACAUGGGUCUAACAUCAGCUAAUAGUGCUCUUAAACCAGUACAAGAAUUAUUACAAAACGGUGUCGUACCUCAAAAUUACAUCCAACAAUUUCAGGAUGACAGUCAAGUAGGUGACUAUCCGCUUCCUCUCAUGGAUACUCCGACCAUUGAUUUUUCGCUCCUUUUGUUAUCCGACCCGGAAGAGCUUGCUAAACUUCGUACUGCCCUUAGCUCUUGGGGUUGUUUUCAGCUUGUGAAUCAUGGUAUGACAAUUAAAUUGCUUUAUGAGGUACGAGAAAUGAGCAAGCAAUUCUUCAAAUUGCCACUUGAUGAAAAGGAAAAGUACUCAUCCAAAGGUGAUAGCCUUGAAGGUUAUGGCAAUGACAACGCCAUUCGACAAGGGAAUUUCAACUGGAAUGACAAACUCCAUCUUCAAGUUCAUCCAGAGCAUAGGCGCCAACUUGAAUUUUGGCCUGAAAUUCCUCAACAUUUCAGGACAACUUUACACGAAUAUUCAGUCAAGACUAAGGAAGUAUCUGAGUCACUCUUGAAGGCUAUGGCACGUUCACUGAAAUUGGAAGAUAAUAGCUUCUCUGAAUUAUGGGGAGAUGACAAAGAAGAUAUAAUACAUGCAAGGUUUAACUUUUAUCCUCGAUGUCCAAGUGCGAAACAAGUUGUUGGUCUGAAUGCACACACCGAUGGAUCUGCCAUUACUCUUCUUUUACAAGACAAAGAGGUGGAUGGCCUUCAAGUCUUAAAAGAUGGUCAAUGGUUUAGAGUUCCUAUCAUCCCUCAAGCCCUUGUCAUUCAUGUUGCUGAUCAAUUGGAGAUAGCAAGCAAUGGUAUAUUUAAGAGUCCGGUCCACAAAGUGGUUAUAAACCCACAAUAUGACCGUAUCUCAAUAGCCAUGCUUCCUCUUCCAAACCCAGAGAAAGAGAUUGGGCCACUUAAGGAACUCAUCACUGAGGAAAGGCCCCAAUUGUUCAAGAGGCUCAAGAAUUACGGCGAAUUUUACUUCAAAUACAUGGCUAGAUUGGCUACAAUGGAAAGACAAAUUGAUAUGGUCAAAAUUAAUUACUAGAAAAUUAUUUGUACGAGUUGUGUUUAACUUGUGUCUAAUAAUUAGUAAUUAACAAUAAUUGUUGGUUAAGCAAUGGGCCGGUAUCACUUAACGACCCACGGGUAUUCAAAAUAACUAUAUCUUGCGUCGUAAAAAAAAAUAGCUUUUUUCUUCUUCUUUUACUAGAUAAAGUUAAAUCGUGUUGUUUUUUCGUGUUAUUAUAUGGAGUAUGUAUCUUUACUCAGUCCACUUGUAAGAAGAUAAUUGUGCUCGUAGUACAAUUAUUGCCAAUAAUAUAAUAAUAAUAAUUACAAUAAUACUUACUACGUGACAUUG